UGUGUUUGUGGUGGAGAUGGUGGUGUUGGUGGUGAAGAACACUUGCUUUCAAUUUGACAAUUUCAGUUUUUCUAACAUCCAAGUGUAGUGAACAACAGUAUCGUGGAAAAGGAAAACAAGAGAGAGCGAGAUAUUGAAAACGAAGUCAAAACUAAAAGAAAUCAACCAAGCAGGUCUAAUUUAAAUGACCUUAAAUUAAAAAUUUCACCCAUAUUAGAUCUUUGUCAACAAGUUGCACUCUGCCAGAAACAUGUUGGAUGUUACAAUUUCGCCUCUGGCUAUUGUUUCACUACUAUUAAUUGCAAAUGUGCAACACAUGGGUACUCAUGCGACUAAGGAAGUGGUGAACUUCGAAACCCUGAAUGAUGGCAAAACGCAUCAUUUACAAAAGCGCAUGGACCUGCAGAUAUGUUUAGGCCAAUUUGAUGUUCACAAAAAUACCAUAAUACGUACCGGUGAAUCUCAGGCCAUUGGGGGCAAAUAUCUACAAGGCCUCGAAUUGGACACCAUGGAAGAGUGUCAACGUUUGUGUUGUGAAACCGAAUCAUGUGAUGUCUACAUUUUCGAAAGUAAAAAGGAUGGCUAUUGCUAUUUAUUCGAAUGUGGCACACCGGAAAAUUUCCAUUGUAAAUUUACACGACAUGCCAAUUAUACAAGUGCUGUCUUGACUCCAGUUAUACGACAUGGUCUGGAUAUAACUACUCCUCAUCCGUUGGUGGCACACAAGAGCUCAUCGGGCAUAUCACAACAAGAAUGGGAACUAUCAAAUCUUAAACUUAAACCAGAUAUAAGAGAGAAGAACGGAGAGCUGGGGCUGAUUAAUGCAAUGCCAUCCAAUGGAAGUACUAAAAAGUCCCUAGGAACGGAUAUGGCACAGGAAGCCAAAGUAAAUGCUUCCGCACAAUGUGGCCGCUUUCAAUUUUCUUGCCACUCGGGUGAGUGUAUUGCUAUUUACAAUGCCUGUGACGGUAUACCACAAUGUGAAGAUGGCAGUGAUGAGGGACCGGAAUGUUCGGGAGCCAAUAGUAAUUUAACUCCCGCUUCUAAAUCUUCAUCUGACACUACAUCAUCCCUCAAUAGUAAAACAGCCUCGGUCAGUUCCUCAUUAUCUCAAUAUCAACCCUCGCUAAUGCAACAAUCAGCUCAACAGCAGCUACAAAAUAUGCAACAACCCUCACAUCAGGCAGCUACUGCUGGUGUUGUAGCUUCCAUACCUGUGGUCAAUAACCGUGAAGAUCCAACUGUAUGGGAAACACGAAAAAUUGUCUCAGGCACACCUAUUGGUGUUGGUGGCAGUAAUGGAGGAAAUCCAGAUUUGCAAAACAUGAAUGCCCUGCCACAAGGUGUCAAUGUUGUCGGUGAUGGUUUUACAGCCUUUGUUAAUAAUCGCCAGCCUGGUAGCAAUGUCAUCUAUACUCCAGCUGGCUCAUCAGCAGAUAUCAAUGGUGGCGUUGGCAAUAAUGUAGCUUCAACUCUGGAACAAAGUGGUCUCUAUAUCCCCCAUGCAGAUCAACAAAAUUCUGUGUAUGCCCAACAACAUAUUCUUUUGCCCCCGCCACCACCCCCUCCUCCAGCACCCAUUAAUUCCAAUUGGCAGCAACAGGCUAUUUUAAAUCAACAGAAACAACAGCAGCAGCAACAACAACAACAGAGCUUAACAAUGUCCCAGCAACAACAACAACAAUUCACACUGCCCCAGGGACCCUCAUAUGCAAUGCAACCUGAUGGAUCCGUUCAACAACAGCCACAACAAGUGCCGAGUGUAAUGAUGCAACAACAACAACAACAAUCUGCCCAAUUGCCGGUGCCUUCUUUACCACAACAGCAACAACAACCCAUACAGUUGACAGGUGAUUCUAAAUCCUCAUCACCCACAGGAGUUUUAAAUCCUUCAUCACUUGCCAAGAAUGCCCUAAAAAUGGAUGAUUCAGAUGAAUAUGAUGAUUCGGAGGAGAAAUCAACAGAGCCACCAAAAAAGCACAAACACAAAAAAGCCAAAAGUAAAUCCAAGGACUUGCAAAAGACCUCAGAUGCCAACGAUGAAACACAUGUUAGCCAAUUACAGCAACUGCAGCAACAAGGAUCUGCAUCCUUGAAAACCUCCUCAAGCUCGUCAAAAGCAGCUAAACCCGCUGCCUCGCCAGUCCAUGAACAAUACGAAAUUAUACAUCAAAAUAUGGCCUUAGAAUUUCGAGAUCAUGAUGGCCAGUCAGAAAGACCGGGCGGCGCUGUGCUAUCCCUUACAUUGGGCCUACUAAUCACUGCAGCUUUGGCCAUACUUAUUGGUUGUCGCAUGCGGACUGUGGGCAGAAGAGCUCGACGCAUGGGUGGAAAAACGCCGUAUUCGCAUGAAGCAGAUUUUCUGGUGAAUGGCAUGUACCUGUAAGCAGGUACCACGUAGCGAUUUUCUAACACUUUUUAUAACAGCUUUGGAGAAAAAAAAACCCCUAAAAGAAAUUUGAUGAUAUACCAUAUAUAUUUUGGAGCAUACCACAUUUAAAACAAACACAAUAAUUACCACAUGAUGGGAGUACCAUAGUCCAUAAACACCGUAAAACCAAAGAAAACUAAAACAGAGAAAAAUAUAUUCUAAACUAAUUUUAAAUGUGCGACAAUUGUUUUCGUCAAUAGAUGACUUUGACUUUCGGUGAGUCAAAAAGUGACGAAACAAGAAAAGCUAAAAAAUUUAAGAAAAUAGAGUUAUUCAUACUUCUUAUAAAUAUUGUAUUAAAAUAAGUUAUUAAUUUUAUCUAGUCUUGUGUGGAUAAUAAAAACUAAAAAUUAAAAACUUACAUAUAUAUAACUAAUCAUAUACUAUUAUAAUCAUUUUAGUGUGUAGUUUUGAAAUACACACACAUACAUACAUACCAAACAUGAAAAACAAACAGACAAACAUAUUUUUUGUAAAUUAAAACAAAGUUUAAACUAAAUACUAUAAUAAAGUGUAAUCUAAUUUGUGUUGGUAA